UGGGCUAAUAUUUAGGCCCCAUUUCUCAUCCACAAACCGCACCUUUUGCAAUAAGUCCUCAUACAGACCAGCACGCCUGCCGGCGACAGUUUGGGGAUUCUUCGGCGAACCUAACAAAUAUGCCAGUAGAAGUGGAAUGAGCAUAGGAUAAAGAUAUGCAGAGGAUAUAAUAGAAUGUGCUGUCGAGCAUCAGUACGCGCCCCGUCAAUCAAAAUUCCUUUCUCCCUCCUUAAAUAAUGUGUGAUCGUAGACCUCUCCAUUGAGACACUCACAGCUCACUGAAAUUCAGACACACACAUCAUUUAGGCCUGUGUUGCCUGAAAAACAGCACAAGAUGGUGAAAUUCUCCAAGCAGUUUGAGGGGCAGUUAGUGCCUGAAUGGAAAGAAGCUUUUGUUGAUUACCGCCAGCUAAAGAAGGAGAUCAAGAAAAUCCAUCUUCUCAACGAUCAAAACACGAAUGCCAAGAAACGGAAGGGUUCUUUACCAAACGCUAUCGUUUCUUCUUUAAGAAAAUACACUUGUCUUGAACAUAAACAAAGAGAACCAAGAGUCAUUCAAGUUCAUCGGAAGCUUACAGACUCAGCCAGUAGCACGGACUUGUACGAGACUGAGCUGCUGGAGCAAUUUGCUGACACAGAUGCUGCAGUUGAGUUUUUUGCGUGUUUGGAUCUUCAACUCAACAAAGUGAACCAGUUUUACAAAACAAAAGAGAAAGAGUUUCUUGAGCGAGGCGAGUCGUUAAAGAAGCAAAUGGAGAUUCUCACUGAGCUUAAAACGGUGCUGAAGCAACGACACACUAAAGGGACUCCUUCGCAGGACUCAAAGGAGGAGGAUUCGAUAUCGGGCACCAUAUCAUGUGAUGACGAGUCAAUUAAGGAUGCUAUCGAUGUAGAGCAGGGGCUGGAGAACUUAACUGAAGAGUUCGAUAAAGAAGCCAUAAAAUUCUCUGAAACUCCCAAGUCCGGUGAACUGGAAAGAUCAAUGAGGGUGAAGAAAGAGGACGGGAAGUUCAGGUCGCUUUCUGGUCGAGUUAUCAACUGCCAGGGGAAAAACUUGAGAAUUCACAUUCCUCUUACAAAUCCAACCCGCACGUUUUCAGCCAUAACUUACUUGCUUUGGGAUGAUUUGGUGAAUCAGUCCUCUAAGAAAGGUGGCCCAGAGGGUAAUAAGUUGCAUAUUAACAAGAAAAAGCUGCAUCAUGCAGAGAAAAUGAUCAGGGGAGCGUUUAUCGAGCUCUACAAAGGAUUAGGAUACCUUAAGACUUAUAGGAACUUGAACAUGCUUGCUUUUGUAAAGAUUUUGAAGAAAUUCGAUAAAGUGACUAACAAACAAGUUCUUCCCAUUUAUCUAAGAGUGGUCGAAAGCUCCUACUUCAACAGCUCAGACAAGGCUUUAAAGUUAGCAGAUGAGGUUGAGGAACUUUUUGUCAAGAAUUUUGCUGAAGAUGACAAAAGAAAGGCCAUGAAGUACCUUAAACCGUCCCAGCGAAAAGAAUCGCAUGCUGUGACAUUUUUCAUUGGUUUGUUCACUGGGUGUUUCGUUGCACUUUUCGUGGGAUAUGUGAUCAUGGCUCAUAUUACCGGAAUGUACAGAUCUAAUUCAGACACGAUGUACAUGGAAACAGUCUACCCUGUCCUUAGCAUGUUUAGCCUAUUGUUUCUACAUUUCUUCCUAUACGGAUGCAACAUUUUUAUGUGGAGAAAGACGCGUAUAAAUUAUAGCUUCAUCUUCGAACUAUCCCCAACAAAGGAGCUUAAGUAUAGAGACGUGUUCUUGAUUUGCACCACAUCGAUGACUGCUGUAGUUGGCAUCUUGUUUGUUCAUCUCUCGCUCGUGGCAAAAGGGUAUUCUUAUGCUCAAGUUCAAGUCAUCCCAGGACUUCUACUGCUGCUUUUCAUUGUAGUUCUGCUUUGUCCCUUCAACAUCAUCUACAAGUCAAGUCGUUACCGUUUGCUCACAGUACUAAGAAAUAUCGUCUUAUCGCCUCUGUAUAAGGUUGUGAUGCUGGACUUUUUCAUGGCUGAUCAACUUUGUAGCCAGGUACCCAUGCUUAGAGAUUUAGAGUACAUAGCAUGCUACUAUAUAACUGGAAGCUAUAAAACUCAGGACUAUAACUACUGCAUGAGAACCACAUACUACAGAGACCUUGCUUAUGCAGUCUCCUUUCUACCGUAUUACUGGAGAGCUAUGCAGUGUGCUCGAAGAUGGUUUGAUGAAGGGCACAAAAGCCACCUCGUCAAUCUAGGCAAAUACGUGUCUGCAAUGCUGGCAGCCGGAGCCAAAGUGGCAUACGAGAAGGAAAAAAGUGUUGGAUGGCUUUGCCUAGUUGUAAUCAUGUCAACUGCCGCAACUGUAUACCAACUUUACUGGGAUUUUGUAAAGGACUGGGGCUUGCUCCAGUUCAACUCCAAGAAUCCAUGGCUAAGAGAUGAAUUAAUGCUUCGCCAAAAGUUUAUAUACUUUUUCUCUAUGGGAUUAAACCUUGUACUCAGGCUAGCUUGGUUGCAAACAGUUUUCCACUACAAUUUCGGAAAAGUAGACUACAGAGUGACCAUGCUGUUCUUAGCAGCACUUGAGGUUGUCAGAAGAGGGCAGUGGAAUUUUUACAGGUUGGAGAAUGAGCAUCUAAAUAAUGCAGGCAAAUUUAGAGCUGUGAAGACAGUGCCACUUCCUUUUCAUGAAGUGGAUGAGCAAGACUGAGAGCAAUUUGCUACAGUUGCAUAUGGGUACAAAAUAGUGCUAAGUUAGGGCCAUGCACCUUAUUCUUCUGUUGUACAAGUUGAUGCUCAAGAUAUCAUCAACUUAAUCUUUUAAUUUUUCUUUUUCUUUCUUUCAUGAUUCGAAUUAAAGAAUAAAAUAUACUUGUAUACCAAAAUUUUUGCACGUGUCGACAACGCUAAACUGCUUUUCUGCA